AUGACUGAAGUCCAGUGCGAUUCCACAGCUGAUAGAGUGCUUCAAUACAUGAAGAGAAUGGCGAUGGAAAGGGGGAUUGCCGACUUAGCAUCUUCUGAAUUGGCAGAAUAUCUCACAGAAAAUGAUCCUUUGAAAUACGUUAGAGAACAGUUUCACUACCCCAAAUGUGGCACGCUUCCAAAUGUUGAUAGAACUUUAUGCGAUCCAGAAUCCGAUGCAAUUUACAUGUGCGGAAAUUCAUUGGGUCUAAUGCCUAAAGCAACGGAGAAAAUUAUGAAGGAACAACUUGAUAAGUGGGCUAAAAUGGGUGUUUUCGGUCACACCAAUGGUGAUCUUCCGUGGGUUAGCUGCGACUUAUGCGCAGUAGAAGGUGUGUCUAAGCUAGUCGGAGCAAAACCCGUUGAAGUGGCGCUCUGCAACGGGCUUACUGUCAAUAUUCACGUUUUACUGACUGCGUUCUAUAAGCCAACAGAGACGCGUUACAAAAUAUUAUUGGAAUCAAGAGCAUUUCCUUCUGAUCAUUAUGCUAUUGAAUCGCAAAUUCGGUUGCAUGGUAGAACUGUAGAGGACAGCAUGGUAUGUCUAACACCUCGUAAAGGUGAAGAGGUUCUGCGGACUGAAGACAUCUUAUCGUACAUUGAGAAGCAUGGAGAAGAAAUUUCUGUCAUUUUUUUACCUGGUAUUCAAUACUUUACAGGACAACUUUUUGACAUACAUACCAUUACUGCGGCAGGUAAAAGGAAGGGUUGUUUUGUCGGUUGGGAUCUGGCUCACGCUUUUGCAAACGUCCCUCUUCAAUUACACUACUGGGAUGUGGACUUUGCCUGUUGGUGUUCAUACAAAUACGGUUGCACUGGAGCAGGAGGGCUUGCCGGACUAUUCGUGCAUGAAAGGUUUCUUGUUCAGAAUACGCCUAUUUAA